AUGGACCUAAGGCGAGUGAGCUUCAUGGAUAAGAUGUUUCCCCUUCCACGUUAUGAUCUUCACAGAGAGCAGAAAGUGCAGACCCGGGCUAUUAUGAGGGAGCUUGCUGGAGAAGAUGUCCCAGAGCUAGACCUGGGUAAGAAGGUUAGCAUCCCUCAGGACUUGAUGAUGGAAGAGCUGGCCCUACCAAUAAACAGGGGUUCGAAACUUUACCAGCAGAGGCAGAAGAGGGUGCAGCGGUUUGUGUUGGAAUACCCUACAAGUUACAGAAUUGCCUCAAACAGAACAGCAGCGGGCGGCUUGCAUCCGAUCUAUGAGGCAGACGGAAUAACAAAUGGGCAGAUGCCUCUUCAUAAUGCAGAAGAGAAAGAGAAUUAUCCAACAGAGCUUCUUGGGGCAGCCUCAGGGAAGCAGGCACCCCCCAAAGUACCUAAGAAGACUGACAAAGUUUUGCAGAUGAGCAAAGCUCUGAAUCCUGAUAAUCUUGCUCCAGGUUAUUCGGGACCUCUAAAAGGAGUGCCUCAUGAGAAGUUCAACAGCACAGCCAUCCCCAAAGCCUACCAGUGUCCUUGGCGGGAGUUCCUGAGCAGUGAGGAUUACCAAGUUGACAGUGAGACCCGUUUGCCAGAGCUUCCCAGAAAAGUGAAUACAGUUGACCGAAGCUUCAACAGGACUCCAACCCCAUUUGGGGGGCUAUUACUGAACGAUGUGUACCCAGUACCUGGGUUUGAGAUGAAUGAAGCCCAGACAGACACCAUGAGCAGCUUGGAGCUGAUGUUGAAUAGACCCAGCUUCAACAGAGCACCGCAGGGCUGGAUACAGGUCAUGCCAGAAUCAGAGGAACUGUAAUUGACUUGCUGCUAAUACUGCUGCCUU